AUGACCUUGGAAGACCUUGAGAAAAUGAUCGACCACAAGACGGGCAACGAGUCCAAGCUUGAUUGGAAGUGCUUUAUGCCUGACUGUGACUGUAAAGGACCUCACAACUGUCACAGCAGCUUCUUCGACCGCGAGUUGGCACCGUCCCUUCGUCUCUCCGGAUUCUCGACGGCAGGUUCCGUCGAGCCAACGAGCCCGUCAUCAUCGGUCUCGGAAGUAAGCUUCAAGGUUGAAGGUGACGAAGACUAUGUUGUCGAACACUCUCCUGUCUUUGGGAACGAAGUUCAGACCGACACCGGUCCCCUAGCCGGAUUCACCAUCUUCGACGGUAUCUUUGCAAGGAAUGAAGUCCGCGAUACUCAAGCCAAAGUGUCGACCGCGAAAGUAAUUGACAACAUCUCGAACAAGGUCGACCAAGGAAAGCUCACGGCACCCUUCAGUCCUUCUCGACCUGUCAAAUCUAUCCAUCGUGCGGCUUCGUUAGGCGCCCAAUCGGUGCUGCUCAAAACGGGUAUCCCCGUUGCCGAUUUUGAGGAUACCGAAGAGCUUGUUGACGACUCGGCUCGAGGUCAUAUGUCAUUCCAUUCGCCCGACUCUACCCUGAUCGGUCUCGGCUCUCCUACGACUCUCUCGUCCGGACCGACCUUCACCACGUUGGCUGGUCAGCCAGAGGGUCGUACCGGUAAACGUCUGACCAGGAAGCAUAUGUCCGCGACCUCGCUGGAUUAUCUCGGUGACGAAUCGUUCUGGUUGAAAACGACUCCUUCAAAGAAUGGGACAAAGGUCUCGACUUCGCCCUUCCUCUCCACCCGUCGAAACCGCCCACAUACAUAUGUCCUGAACGCCGAGACAAUCGGUAGACUUACCGACGAAGCAGUCAAAGAAGGUCAUUAUGUCGUCCCUGAAGAGCAGUCGAAGUCUUCCAACGUCAGAUUGGGUUCAGCCGUCAAGUACGAUGUGGGUCGGUUCUUAAAGAGGGUCGUCUGGGGCAAAAAUGCCCACACUGCUUAA